AUGGGUCAUUUGAGGUCGGCGUGUACAGAGAAAUCCAAAUAUAUAUUCUGUAGCCGAUGUUCGUCAAAAUCACAUACCGAAGAAACAUGCCCUAGUAUAUGGAGGAGUUAUAAGGUCAUCAGAUCAGGCGAUUCACAAUAUCCUGCAAGUAUUAGCUGUUACAACUGUGCUGGAGCUGGUCAUUAUGGUGACGAUUGUCCUUUACCAAGACCAGUACUGUUACGAUACCGAGAAGCUACUGCUUUCUGUGUCGAGAGCUUGGCGCCAAAAUUCCAAAAGAAAUAUCAUGAAGAGUUGCGAAAUUUCAAACCUGAUUUUAAGCAGGCUGAGUCAUACAGACCUCCAUCUAUGACCACCUCUGGAUCGCAAAAUUUAAAUCGCAAAGCAUCUUCAAGAUCAAUUAGAUCAAAUGCAAGUUCUAGAAAUGAUCAUUAUUCGCGAGACUAUCGUAGUACGAUCAGUAGUGGAAGAGGUAGUAGGGAUUAUGAUCGGGAUUAUAAUGGAGAUCGUGGAUAUGGUAAUAAUGGCAGCUAUGGCAGCAGUUAUAGUCGUGGGCAUGAGUACUCUCAGUCUCAUAACCACUUUGGUAACAGCAGUCGUAGCCAGCGCUCUUUUUCGCCACCACGCAGCUCUCAACGUAGUUUUGGGAGCCGUAUUCAAAAAGCUGCAAGCUCAGCCCGAAAUGCCUUCAAAAGAAACAGAUGA